AUGAAAAGUUCACGAGAUCGUGAUUAUAUACCUGUAGAAACUAGUGUUAAUGAACAAAUAAAUACACUUUCAUUUAAGCCACAUAUAACACAACGUUUAACUGAACUUGAACAUCCAAAAACUUCUCUUGAUCAUGAAAUAUUACAUACAUUAAGAGAAUCAUAUGAUGAUCGUUCAUCACCAACAACAAGAUCAAUAACAUUAACAAAUAUUGAUUAUGCAUUAUGGCUUGAAGCUGGUAAAUAUGCACAUAAACCAACAUAUGCUAAAAGUCUUGAUGGAAAACCACCAAUUAAUUAUAAUAUAUGGAGAAACUAUCGUCAUUAUUAUUCAGGUAUAAAUAGUAAUAAUACACGUCGUAUUAAUGGUCAAUCACGAUUAAAUGAAGAAGCAGCAUUUAAAUAUCCAAUUAUAAUUCCAGCACCAUCACAACUUGGUGAAAAUCAUUUAAGACAAUUUUUUGAAUCUAAUAGAAAAGAACUCUUUCAAAAUCAAUCUCAUUUUCGUAUGGCACUUAUUAAAGCUGAUAAUGAUGAAAGAAUGUUACGUUUAUUAAGUUUAAAAAGUCAGCAACGAAAUCCACCUGCAUCGUCAGAUAUUGCUGAAUCAUCUCGUUUAUCAAAUAUUUCAUCUCUAAAUAAACCAUUGUCAGCAUCAACACUUCGUAUUCGACAACCACCACCACAAAAUUCUUUAAAUGUUUCACCAGAAUUUCUUCCACGAUAUAAAUUUGGUAGUGGUAGAAAAUUUAUUAUGAAAGAUAAUCAUCCAUCAAUUGAAAAAUUAAAAUUUGAACAAGAACUUAAAAUGGCUAUUAGUUUUCAUCGUGAACUUAAACGAGCAAAAGAAGGCAAUGAAAAAAGUCUUUAUGCUCGUCAUCAACCGGUUUAA